AUGUCAAGUUUUCUCCGGGCGUCGGUGCUCGAUUACGCUCGAUUUUACGGCAUCGCCAAUGAUCAUAUGGCUAUCGAUCCUAAUAGCCUCAUCCCUCAGUUUCCCAGAAAUAUGCUAGUAAAUUCGCUUGAGGAUAUGAAUCAACAUGUUUCAUUGGAUUUAAGUCCUUUACGUCAGUCAAUCUCCAAACAGCAAAGAGAAAGAUUAAACAUAAGCAAAGCAGAUGCCGCCUUUUUAGAACUGGCUCUUCGACAGAAUUCUUCCGGUCGUCUGCAUCCUCUGAAGUGGAAUGAGUUCCUUCUAAACCGCCAUCGGAUAGCCGAUAUCAAAUACGAUCCGCCCCUCUUACGGACAGACCAUGAAAGCGAUAUGCUUAUCUUUCGUAAAAUGCUGUCCCCGGAUAGAAUGGAAGUCGAUCUGCCGCUGGAGAAAAUUGAUACCGAAAAUGAUGAAGGGCUCGUGUUUCCGAUUUACAUUCGUGAUCUGCCUAGACAAGUCCAAGAACGUAUUGCGAAUGAGAAGCUCGAUUGCACGAGGGAAAUCUUACUCUUCUUGCAAACGACGAGGAAAAGUGGCACCUUUCCCGCCCUGGAGAAAAGCAAUGGGACACAGCCUAGGUAUACCAAGAGAACGGACUUAGAGCCGAUUACACCUCCCAUCGUUCCCAGGAGCUUUCCUAUCGUUCCGUUUAUCCCUUCGUCUCCGAACAUGGUAAUGGAGUUGCUCUCUGAGCCCGCCACCCCUGAAAUACCAGAACACAGGCAAAUAGAAAGGGAUCUAACGAUGGACUCAGCCGUAUUUUCCCGGGGAAUACCUGAAUCAGAUCGAAACAAAUUCAGCCGGGCGAUCUUGGAAAAUUUCAUUGAUACGGAAACUAGGUGCCAAAACGGCCCAGCGAAUGUAAAGUUGAUUUCGCCCAGGAAAAGGGUGUUAAGCCAGUCCCUCAAGGUUGAUGGCCCUCUCACUCCGCCAUUUUCUGUUAAGAAACGCCGGGCCGAGAGGGCGAAAAAGGAGACGGGCGAAAUUAUAAAAGCCAUACCGAGACUGAGGUUCUCCUAUAAGAGAAGAUCCCUUUUCGGGAUUAGGUCAUUUCCUCAGAGCUUCAUCACUUGCAGAGAAAGAGAUAUUCGAAUUCAGACCCCGACACUAACGGAUUUCUCUUUAAAUCCUCCCUGGGGACUACUUCAUACAUCUGGCGAAUCUACCUGUGGUCCGGACUCCUCUAACGGUCUAAAUACCGCAUUAAUGAAAAUAGCCAAAUGCCACAAUAUGGAUUGCAGCCGUCAGAUAUCAGCAAAUGAUGAACUGAAUCUUCAAUGGAAUCCAUUUCCGAUGGGCAUCUCUAGAUUGCACGCAAGAGAACAGAUUGACAAUAUUGACCUUUCAAAGUUUGUUAAAGCAACAAAAACUGAGAAUAGUAAAUAUGAAAAAUUAAUGGAGCAGAGGUAUACAGUCGGCUUGGGAUUGGAAGAAGACUUCAACAAGCAUAUUCCAAAACCAACGCUUCUUAUUGAAGCAACAAGCAGCGCUGUUAGUGACUCGUCAGCAGAUCUAGAUCCAAUUCGCGAUAAGCAGACAACCGAGCCUUUAUGCUUCCCAGCCGAUAACCUAUAUCCGCCGAAUGAAACUCAACCGAAAAGCACAGUGCUUUUGUCCCAGUUCUCUCCCAUGAACCAGUUAUCUAAUUUUAUGAACAUUCGAGGGAAAAGAAUACAGAACAAUCCAGCCUCACCACCGCACCCUGCAGAAACACUUGAUGGACUCUUUGAAAAUGCUGACGCAAAGAACAAGCCAGAAAAGGAUCCGUAUCAUCCUUCUUUGUUGAGGUUUCCUUUGCCUGAAAUCUCUUGCCCAGCGCGCCCUCUCACAUUUGUGAUUUCAACCUCGUUCUUGCAGACGCAUCGAUCCGUUAUAAGGAACCUUGAAGCUCUCACAAUACCCAAAACUCUGGUCUUUCGUGAUUAUAGUGCGAUAAAGCUUCUACCGAGAGUAAAAGAGCGGGUUGACAUGCAUGUCAGUCUAGGGACGACAAGGCAAGUUCCAAUACAAACCGGCCGAGAUGGAGAUGAUGCCGAUGUGGUCAUAUCCCCGAGUACGGCUAUUCUUCUCACGACAUCCCAGGAAACGACCCAGCUUCACCUUCCAGGCCACUCGCCGAAUCACUCUAGCUUUGGAUCUCUGCUCUCGUCUCCGCUUAAAGAGCGAAUCUUUCACGUAUGCCGCAGAUACGAGCGAUUAUACGUUUUGGUUUGCCAUCCAUUCGAUCCAGAUGGGGCUUCCCUGGCAAAAAUGGCUAGCAAGACAUUUGAAUCUACUUGCAACUUCAUCUCAUUCUGUUCUUCGCUCGCCCAAUUUUGCAAUGUCAUCCCCAUUGUGGUACCCACUGCUGUGGAACAUCUAACACAAUGGAUUGUCAAGCUCGCAGACAAUCAUUCCGUACACGUGCCAUGGAGCACAGCAGAGCGGAGUUCAGAUCUAGCUGCGAAUGAAACUCGUGUAACAAUCCCCUCUAAUGACCCAACUAUUUGGGAGCUCUUCCUGUACCAUGCCGGUAUGAACUGCUUCGCUGCGCAUAUUGUGCUAGCCUCUUCAGCUUUUGAAAAUGCUGGCCAACACAACCCCGCAGCAGCCGUAUGUAUCCGGGGGAAAGAAACCGUAUAUAUGGGCCGUUGA